AUGGCUACAGAAGCCAGGGCUACUCGGAAUCGGGAAGAUGAACAGCCUCCUAGGCGGCCGCACGAGCAAUCGAUGCUCUACAAGGCGGUCAUGACGCCCAUCGUCUUUGUAACUUUCCUCUUCUCUCUCAUCAUGGUUGACUACCGAUAUUCGGUGAUGCGCUCGCACUAUCACGCCGAGAACCCAAGCCGCCUACCGACCUGGUUGCAUCGCAUCGUUUAUCGCUAUCAGCCAUAUGAGUACGUCGUUGUCGACGAGAACGGCCGGCCCACUGGGCAAAGCGCGGAUCCUCGCUUCCUCCACAGCAAGCAGCGCGAGCUCAUGAAGAUGGAGGUCACCGAUGCAUUUGAGGUCCGGAGUACUGUAAUGUUUGUCCUUGGUCUCAUAAGCCUGCCCUUGAUCUGGGGCCUCUGGCGAAUAGCAAGCUGGGUUGUCGGUUCGAUGCUGGCCAAAUAA